AAAUCGGGGUUCGUCUUAUGGUUAGUUUCUUUCCUUUUCCAUGAUUAAGACUUCCUCACUACGCUUAUUUGUUCUCGUUAUCGUUCAAGAAACGCAAUCCGAAGAAGGAAAUCAAUCAGUUUAGCGAAUUCUGGUGCGUUUGACCUUGAGAAUAUCGAUAAGCUAUCAAUUUAAUUCAGCGCUAGCACAUUUCACCCUUUUUCCUCCGAAUCGCUGACUGAUUUGGAAAUGCCUUAAACACAGUAAAUCCAUGGCUUCUGAUCUCCUUGUCCGAACGGAGCAAUCUCAUGCUCAAACUCCACUAGUCACCCCAAAGUCGAAUCGAAACGACGUCGAAGCAGGACAAAGCGGCCAGAGGCAAGGAGAUGAUCAACGAACCGGAAGAGACUCAGCUGGAUCGGAUGCUUAGUCGCAUAGAAACGUUUCUCGCAUUGAUUGGAUUCGAGCAGUCGUCGUGGUUGAGUUUUGCUCUGUCUUGGACCUCUUUCCUGGUGGUCGGCGUGGUAGUUCCGCUGGUGGUGCUCUUCGUUGGCGACUGCACCGAUUGCGAGGAGUAUCAACGGAAGAAUUUCGAGGUAGAAAUCGUUGCCUUUCAGGCGUGUCUCGCUGCCGUCUCCUUGCUCUGCCUCUCUCACAAUCUGCGCAAGUAUGGUUUAAGGAGGUUCCUCUUUGUUGAUCGGUACAGUGGAAGAUUGAUGAGCUUACACGAACGUUACAUCAAACAAGUUUCGGAAUCUUUUCGGUUGCUUGCUCUGUGGGGUUCGACAUGUUUCUUUCUGAAGACUAUCAGAGAAAUCAUUCGCCUUUCACACGUAAAUCACGAGUCAUGGUGGCCUUCGUUUGCUGUUUCAGUAGCUUUGAUCAUAUCCUGGACUUAUGUGAGUACAAUCUCUCUAUUGGCCAGCAUUUUGUUUCACUUGAUCUGCAACUUGCAAGUUAUCCACUUCGAUGAUUACGCGAAGCUCAUACAAAGGGAUGCUAAUGUGCUCAUUUUCAUGGAGGAGCACAUUCGGUUACGCUAUCAUCUCUCCAAGAUAAGCCAUAGGUUUAGAAUCUAUCUCCUUCUAGGAUUCUUCGUUGUUACAGUUAGCCAAAUUGUCACUCUGAUACAAGUCACGGCAUUUAGUGGAUUAAUUACUUUCGCGAAUGGUGGAGAUUUUGCUGUGUCUACAAUUGUUCAGGUUGUUGGAAUCAUUAUUUGUCUGCACGCAGCAACAAGGAUUUCUCAUAGAGCUCAAAACAUUGUUUCACUUGCGAGCAGAUGGCAUGCUCUAGCCACAUGCACUACUUCUGAUGCGUCUCCACUGAGAAGUUAUGCUAGUGCGGGGAGCCUGGAGCCUGCAAACCAUUUAAAUUCUUUACAUUUCAAUUCCUCUGAAAGUGAUCUAGAAUCUUUGGAAUUCAACGUGGUGCCUACGAAUAGCCAACUUGCUUCUUACAUGUCCUCGCAUCACAAGAGACAAGCUUUUGUGAUGUAUCUACAAACGAAUCCUGGAGGAAUCACUAUAUUUGGAUGGGUAGUUGAUCGGUCCCUUGUCAACACAAUAUUUUUCCUGGAACUUACGCGGUGGUUACAUUCUUGGCAAGACCAUAUUAUGAUGCAUAUUGUAAACAUGUAUCAGCGGGCGGGCAUCGUUUGUCAUCUUUUGGUCGAGAAUCACUUCGUGUGAAAAAGUGAUUUCCACAGUCAAAACUGAGGCAGGGGCAGACUGCCAAAAGGAUAUCACAGGAAGCCCACUGGAAAAAAAAAAAAAAAAGUUUUGCAGGUCUUCGACUUCGGAUAGGGGUGAAGUGUAGUCCAAUUGGUUUCCAGUUAUUCCAUAAAAGACGAAGCGUGGACCAGGCGACCUACCACACCGGACCACAUAUUGGAGAGAGCAUCUAGGCCCACCAAGGAUUUUUUUUUUUUAUUUUUUAUUAUUCGCAUUUUUUGUAGACUUUAGUUGAUUCCAUGCUUUUGAAAAAAAUUUUCCGUGUACUAAAUUUAAUAUGGAGACUUUUAAUAGUAUUAUUUUAAUUUUAUGUAAAAUUUUAAAUUAAACUAAAUGUUUCUGAUAUUUCAUUUCCGAAUUAA